AGCAACAUGGUGAGUGAGUAAGAGAGGCAGUUAAUUUUUUUAUGUGCAUGUUUUGGAAGGGUUUUUGUCUUCCCUGGUCUCUUGGUGAGUGAGUGUGAUGAUACUCAGAAUGCCUGUGAUGCUCAGUGAUUCUCUGUAGCAGAGCCAUGGCGAGUAGCGCCCACAGCUCUGUCCACCACUCUGUCCACCACUCUGUCCACCACUCUGUCCGCACUUCCUUCCACAGACGAACAAGCAGCAGGACUAUUAGAGAGGAGAAAAAAAACUGCAACAAGAAACCAAAUCAAUGCAAGAGGAGGGAGAUUUGACUUUCACUUAAAGCUGUUCAGGCUGUUCUAUUCCUUCGUCCAUCCCUCUCUUCUUAAUCUUUUCAUUUCCGUAGAGGGGGGUCGGGGUAGUUUCACAGAACUGCAGAACAGCAGGGGAGGAAGAGAGCCUCGAGAGAGGGAGAGGAAGCGAGACAGACAGCUUCACCUGAAUUUCCCCCUGUUCGGCUCCCUUGUUGUGGUUCAGAGAUAGGAAGAACGGAGGAUCUGUGAGCGAGGGAGUGGCAGCUACAAUAAUUACACGGGGAAAGUGUAUGUGAGUGAGAGUAAGAGGCAGAGGAAGAGAGAAGGAGCGGGAGCAGAGCUGCAGUAGCAUCCUACAGCAGACGGCUGAGGACUGCCUCCCUGUCUGUGUGUGUGUGUGUGCGGCAUGUCUGUGUGACUGCACUGCACUGCUGAAGAAGAGGAGGAGGAGGCAGUGUGAGCAUGCUCUCUUAGACACAGCAGGGCCCUACAAGGAAACACACACCGGCACCAUCAGCAUCCGUGUCUGUUCGUGGCAGGCAGGACCUCCAGUGCUGCAUCCGCCCAGCCUCUCAGCCCCAACCCCAGGACCUCGCAAGGCCUCUACCACCUUCAUCUCCACAAUACAGUCAGCUCAACCAGGCUGAAACAUGGCACAAGCUGCCAAACAUCUCCGCAAGAACAAGGAUUUAGAAGCCCAUCUUGAGGCAGAGCGCAAGGAGAAGGAGGAGGAAAAGGCCAAGAAGAGGAACCGCUCGCGAGAUAAAAAGCGCAAGGCCCACGCGGUGCAUCGCUGGCUAAUCGAUCAGGACGAUAGUUUGAGCUCUGAGCUGCCGGAUGGCCAAGGAGUAUGGCACUUUGAUGAAGCAGCUGAUGCUGUCACUAGUUUUCUGCGGGCGGCUCGUUCUGGUAACAUGGACAAGGCCCUCGACCAUAUAAAGAACGGCAUAGACAUCAACACAGCCAAUCAGAAUGGUCUCAACGGGUUGCAUCUGGCCUCUAAAGAAGGCCACGUUAAAAUGGUGCUGGAGUUACUACAUGGAGGCAUCGAUGUGGAAACCCAGACUAAGAAAGGCAACACAGCUCUGCACAUUGCUGCCCUGGCUGGGCAGGAGCAAGUGGUGGCAGAGCUGGUAAAUUACGGGGCCAACAUCAAUGCCCAGUCCCAGGUGAGACCCCCACCAGUGUCAGAAGAGACCCCGACCCCACUGGCAGAACCCCCUGCAGAAGAGCCACCAGCCACAACGGAUACACAUACAAAGGGCUUCACUCCGCUCUACAUGGCCGCACAAGAGAAUCAUCUAGAAGUUGUGAAGUUCCUUUUGGAGAACGGGGCCAAUCAAAGCAUUCCUACUGAGGAUGGCUUUACCCCUCUCGCCGUGGCUCUUCAGCAGGGACAUGAGAACGUUGUGGCCCUGCUCAUCAAUUACGGCACCAAGGGCAAAGUUCGCCUCCCCGCACUGCACAUAGCAGCGCGGAACGAUGACACGCGCACAGCUGCUGUGCUUCUACAGAACGACCCCAACGCAGACGUCCUGAGCAAGACAGGUUUCACACCGCUUCAUAUCGCUGCACACUACGAGAACCUGAGUGUAGCCCAACUGUUGCUCAACAGAGGAGCCAAUGUCAACUUCACCCCUAAGAAUGGCAUCACACCUUUGCACAUCGCAUCCAGGAGGGGGAAUGUGAUCAUGGUACGACUCCUGCUGGACCGAGGAGCACAGAUUGAUGCCAAGACCAAGGAUGAGUUGACUCCACUGCACUGUGCUGCCAGGAAUGGACAUGUGAGGAUCAUUGAGAUCCUGUUGGACCAAGGGGCUCCCAUCCAGGCCAAGACCAAGAACGGCCUGUCUCCCAUCCACAUGUCAGCACAGGGGGACCACAUGGACUGUGUGAGGCAACUAAUGCAAUACAAUGCUGCAAUUGAUGACAUCACACUGGACCACCUGACCCCCCUGCAUGUGGCGGCCCACUGUGGGCACCACCGCAUGGCCAAAGUGCUGCUGGACAAGGGAGCCAAACCCAACUCCCGUGCACUGAAUGGUUUCACUCCACUUCACAUCGCCUGCAAGAAGAACCAUAUGCGCGUGAUGGACCUCUUGCUGAAACACUCUGCUUCCCUAGAGGCUGUGACGGAGUCUGGCCUUACUCCUUUACAUGUGGCCUCGUUCAUGGGCCACCGCAAAAUAGUCACCAUCCUGGUACAGAAGGGAGCUUCUCCCAGUGCUUCCAAUGUGAAAGUGGAGACUCCUCUCCACAUGGCAUGUAGAGCAGGACACUAUGAGGUGGCAGAGUUCUUACUGACCAAUGCAGCGCCAGUAGACGCCAAGGCCAAGGAUGACCAGACACCACUCCACUGUGCGUGUCGGAUGGGCCACAAGGAGCUGGUUAAGCUGCUGCUGGAGCACAAGGCCAACCCCAACUCCACCACCACGUCCGGACACACACCCCUCCACAUCGCUGCCCGCGAGGGACACGCUCAGACCACACGCAUCUUACUGGACAUGGAGGCACAGCAGACCAAGAUGACCAAGAAAGGCUUCACUCCUCUCCAUGUGGCUUCUAAAUAUGGCAAAGUGGACGUGGCAGAGCUGCUGCUGGAGAGAGGGGGCAACCCUAACGCUGCUGGCAAGAAUGGUCUGACUUCUCUUCAUGUGGCUGUCCAUCAUGACAACCUGGACGUGGUUAACCUGCUGGUCAGCAAAGGAGGCUCCCCACAUAGUGCAGCUAGGAAUGGCUACACCCCUCUCCACAUAGCAUCGAAGCAGAACCAGGUGGAGGUUGCUAGCAGCCUGCUGCAGUACGGUGCCUCGGCCAACGCCGAGUCCCUCCAGGGGGUCACGCCCCUCCACCUGGCUGCUCAGGAGGGCCGGCCUGACAUGGUCGCCCUGCUCAUCUCCAAACAGGCCAACGUCAACCUAGGGAACAAGAGUGGACUGACUCCUCUCCACCUGGUGGCACAGGAAGGCCACGUGGGCAUCGCGGAUAUCCUGGCUAAGCAGGGGGCAUCAGUGUAUGCUGCCACACGGAUGGGAUACACCCCUCUCCAUGUUGCCUGUCACUAUGGCAAUGUAAAGAUGGUGAAGUUCCUCCUGCAGCAGCAGGCCAAUGUCAACAGCAAGACUAAGGUCGGUUACACUGCCCUGCACCAGGCAGCCCAACAGGGUCACACAGACAUCGUUACCUUACUGCUCAAACAUGGAGCCCAGCCGAACGAGGUUGCUACUAACGGUACGUCAGCCCUGUCCAUCGCCAAGCGGUUGGGGUACAUCUCUGUAAUCGACGUUCUCAAACUGGUUACCGAGGAGACGGUUUCCAUGACCACCACAGAGAAACACCGUAUGAGUUUCCCAGAAACAGUGGAUGAGAUAUUGGACGUAUCAGAGGAUGAAGGAAUUACACAGCUAACUAUAGGGGAGGAGCUUUUGGGGACGGAAGGAGCCAGGUACAUGAAGAUGGAUGACUUAAAGGACCAUGAUGACGAUUUCCUGUCACCCAAGAAAUCUAUGGAUAACUACUCGCCUGCCAUUCCCAGGAUCCCUUGUGUAUCCCCAGAGACGGUCAUCCUGAAGGAGCAUGACAUGGAGCAGGUACACACUCCAAUGCCAUUACAAAAAGAUUACGAUGAAGACUCCCUAAUCCCCAGCAGUCCAGCUACAGAGACCUCUGACAACGUCAGUCCUGUGGCCAGCCCCAUACACACAGGGUUCCUGGUGAGUUUCAUGGUGGAUGCUCGGGGCGGCUCGAUGCGAGGCAGCAGACAUAACGGCCUGCGUGUCAUCAUCCCUCCACGGACCUGUGCCGCCCCCACACGGAUCACCUGUCGUCUGGUCAAGCCCCAGAAACUCACCACUCCUCCCCCCCUGGUGGAGGGAGAGGGCUUAGCCAGCCGUAUCAUAUCACUGGGCCCAGCCAGCAUGCAGUUCCUAGGGCCUGUGAUCGUGGAGAUCCCUCACUUUGCUGCUCUGGGUCGAGGGGACCGGGAGCUGGUGGUGCUGAGGAGUGAGAACGGCUCUGUCUGGAAGGAACACCGCAAUCGCUAUGGCGACGAUGUGCUGGAGACUAUCCUCAAUGGGAUGGAUGAAGAGCUGGAGAGCCAGGAGGAGCUUGGGAAGAAGCGUAUCCGACGAAUCAUCUCCACUGACUUCCCCCUCUACUUUGCUGUGGUGUCGCGCGUCCAGCAGGAGAGCGAUUUGAUUGGCCCAGAGGGGGGUCAGCUGACCAGUAAACUGGUACCGUUGGUCCAGGCUUCGUUCCCUGAGACAGCGGUCACCAAGCGAGUCCGUCUGGGCCUGCAGGCCCAACCAGUCCCAGACGAGCUGGUUGCCAAGCUGCUGGGUAACCAGGCAACCUUCAGCCCUGUGGUGACUGUGGAGCCACGGCGACGCAAGUUCCACCGGCCCAUCGGCCUGUGCAUCCCUCUACCCCCCUCAUGGAGAGAUAGCCCCCGGGACUCUGGAGAGGGGGACACUACCAGCCUCCGCCUGCUCUGCAGUGUCAUCGGUGGUACAGCCUCAGCCCAGUGGGAGGACAUCACAGGCACCACCAAGCUCAUAUAUAGCAAAGACUGUGCCAACUUCACAACCAAUGUGUCAGCACGGUUUUGGCUGGCUGACUGUCCCCGGACAGCCGAGGCCAUGUCUUUCGCCAACCUCCUGUACCGGGAGCUCUCAGCCGUGCCCUACAUGGCCAAGUUUGUGGUGUUUGCCAAGAUGAACGAGGUCCGUGAGGGCCGCCUGCGCUGCUACUGCAUGACUGAUGACAAGAUGGACAAAACCCUGGAGCAACACGAGAACUUCAGCGAGGUGGCCCGCAGUCGCGAUAUCGAGGUGAUGGAGGGUAUGCCGCUGCACCUGGAGUGUUCUGGGAACCUGGUCCCAGUGAGGAAGGCUACCCAGCAGCCUCGCUGUUUCAGCUUCCAGGCCUUCAGAGACAAUAGACUCCCCGUCUCUGUCAAGGUGAGAGAUAGUAGCAAAGAUCACUCCGGAUUCCUGUCCUUCCUGCGAAAGUCUACCAAGUACGAAGACAGCCAACAUGUGCUGUGCAACCUCAAUAUUACCAUGCCUCUGUGUAUCAAGGCUGCUGGGAGUGAAGACCGGAGGCGAACUCUGACCCCAUUAGCCCUGCGAGAGAGAUACAGCGCCCUGAAUGAGCCUGCCAUGGGUAAAGCAUCAAUGAGUGCCAUGGAAAAGACAGAGCUGAAGAUGGCUUUGAUAGCUGAACAGUUGGGACUGAGCUGGGCUGAGCUGGCGAGGGAGCUACAGUUCAGUGUAGAUGACAUUAAUAAGAUCCGUGUGGAGAAUCCUAACUCCCUAUUGGAGCAGAGUUCUGCCCUGCUCAGCCUAUGGGCCACCUGUGAGGGCAAGAGAGCCAAUAUGGAGAGUUUGUGCACAGCUCUGAAGAGCAUUGACCGGAUGGACAUAGUAAACAUGUUGGAGGGCCAGGGGCCACAGCCUGCAGGGAGGCAGGCCCGGGAGCCAAGCAGACACAGACACAACGAGAGCGACCCCAUCUCCCCCAGCCUGACCAAUGGUUACGGGGUAUUGCAGGAGGAGCUGCUCUCCCCUCCUUCCAUGCAGUACAGCCUGCCCUCUCCGCUCGGCAACGAGCCCUACUGGCAGGAAGUCUCCAGUCUGGAGUGUGCUCCCAUGGCCAUCACAGAGGAGGACACACUCAUGGAGAUGUCCGAUGUGCAGGUGUGGCCCUCGGGCAACAUCCCCUCCCUAGUGGCCGUGGAGGACUCCUCACUGGAGUGCAGCAAUGCUGACGACUCGGAGGGGCUGCUGGGGCUGCCGUACGGGAGCCUGGGCCGGCCGGGCAGUAGGGCUAGCGGAGAGGGAGGGGGGCUGAGUGGCUCCAUGGAGCUGGUGGAAGACAACUCAGAGAUGGGGGCUGUUGACUCGUUCAGCACCGCCACCCCUGCCACCCCUGCUUCGUUCAGCACAGCCACCCCUGCCACCCCUUCUUCGUUCGGAGGCACCAUCGCCGCCAUGUUAUACAACGUUAAUGGUCUGGAGAAGGGUCAAGGGUCAAAAGUCGUGAAGUCAGAGGCAGCAGCGGUCAGAGGCAACUUGGCAGGUGGAGAUGGAGCUGGAGUUGAAGGAGGAAGAGGAGGAGGGACAGGCUCAGAGGAAGGGCUUUCUCUUGUUGCAGGACAACAGCAGCGAGUGCACACCCGGCUGAGCAAGUCGCCUGGUCUGAGCCGCGUGGCUGAUCGUAAUGGAGACAGGUCCAGUGGUGGCAGCAGUGGUAGUAGAGGCAGUGGCGGAGGUGGUGGCUCUUUACUGUCCUAUCUACAGGAGCAGUCGGGUCCAGGUUGGCAACCUAUCACUGACCACACUCAGGCCUGGUUGGGUUCACAGACAACAAAACCCAGGCAGGCCAUGGACUCAAUGAUGUCAUCAGUGCGCGCUGCCAUGGAUGUGGACCCCAGUCAGUCCCGCGUGUCCCAGGAGGCCUUGCUUCAGCCGGUGCGGGACAUGGGGCACUCUGAGCUCCUGCGUGGGCACUUCAGGGGCACCCAGCCGUUUGAGAAGGGCCUGGGGUUCCCUCACAGGGUGCCAGAGCUGCAGACCUGGGACGACGUACGCCUGAGGCAGCAGGGUGAUGAGGCCAAGGAUCUCCCAGGGGAACAAGUGAGCGAGGAGCAGUUCACAGACGAGCACGGAAACAUCGUCACCAAGAAGAUUGUACGGAAGGUGGUGCGCAGGGGGAAGGGCUCAGGUGACGAGGGGGGUCAGGAGCGGUCAGUGAGCGUGGAUGGCUUUCUGCAGGAUGAGCUGGAGGCUGAGGCGGAGCAGUUCAUGAACUACGCCGUCCUGAGCAGCAAGCCUGAUAUUGUGGAUGUGAAGAAGGGUGCUCAGAUAGUGAAAUGUGCCAGUCUGCGGAGAGUAAAGCAGUGAGGGAAGCAUGCAGACAGAGUGGCAGAGCGACAUGUCCCCGCAGGAUUUGAGCCCCACACCAAAACGAUCCUACUUAGACACAUGACCGGCGGCAGGUGACAGGAGGAAUGAAGAGGAGGAGAAUAAUGGAGAGAAAAGAAGAGAGAUUGGAACGAACAAAACACUAACUUCAUAAUAACAACAACCACCACGGCAAGGCCGAUGAUCACGAGAACCAAGUGGAUUUACUCGUAGUUUUCUUACCUUUGUAAAAAAAGAAACAAUCCAAAAACGUCAACUACUAGGCUAGGAGCAUGAUUUCGUAUAAAACAAAAACCAAACAGACAACAAAAAAAUAGCAACCAAAACGUGCUUCCUGUUAUAUGUAUCAGCAUGAAUGACUGCUGGCGCAUGGCCUGUCUUUAACUACAGUACUAGGGGUUGUGGGGGUGGU